AUGGGUGAUUUCAAUGUUGUCUUAAAUAUCCAAGAUAGGCAACAUGGUAAUAUGAUACAGUAUAUGGAAACAGAGGACUUUAGGGAAUUCAUGGAGGACACAGGUAUGAAUGAAUUGCAUACUGUGGGAAGAGACUACACAUGGACUAACAAUCAUACAUACAGCAAAAUAGACAGAGGACUAGUGAAUUCUAGUUGGAUGUUGACAAUGCCUAGUUUGCAGAUACAAAUACUAGAGCCAUCUGUGUCUGAUCACUCUCCACUUAAGUUAGUGAUUACACAAAUGCAGAUGAAGAAAGCUAGGCCAUUCAGAUUCUUUAACUGUAUUGCUGAACAUCCUCAUUUUAUAAAUGAAGUUGAUCAAGCUUGGAAUACAACUAGAAUAGAUGGAAAGAUGCAGGGAGUCUGGAGUAAGCUAAAAAGAGUAAAGGAAGUAAUCAAAGGGCUUAACACUCAGCACUAUAAAGGGGUUGAUAAUAGAGUUAAAGAGACCAGAAGGGAGCUGCAGGAAGUUCAGGAGAAGAUGAGAUGCAGACUGCAGAAUGCAGAGUUAAUUGAGGAAGAAUAG